AGUGGAUUUAAUAUAGCAAAAUGGCAGCUAAGUUAAUCGUGUUCUUGUGCGCGGUGGCGGCCGCUCGUGCCGGCAACCUGCUGGGCGGCCACUUGGCAUCCUACGCCGCCGCCCCCUAUGCGUCGUACGCAGCUCCCGCUUACUCCGCAUACGCCGCCCCUGCGGUCGCGUCCUACGCCGCCCCCGUCGCGUCCUACGCCGCUGCUCCGGUCCUGAAGAGCUACGCCGCUCCUGCCAUCUCGUACGCCGCGCCCGCGCCCGUUGCAUACUCCGCUCCCGUGGCCUACUCUUCUCCUGUGGUCAAGGCGGUCGCGCCUGCGGUCUCAUCGGUGUCUUCGUACUCGACCCACACCGCCCACGCAGCGCCCCUGAUCACUAAGACCGUCGCUCCUUACGCCGCGUACGCCCACGCCGCUCCCGUGGCAUACGCCGCCCAGGCCGCUCCCGUCGCAUACGCCGCUCACGCCGCUCCCCUUGCCACAUACGCUCACGCUCCCGCCGUCGCCUACUCCGCCGCCCCCGCCGUCUCUCAUGUCUCAUACAGCGGCCUAGCUGGUAACUACGGCUGGAUUGCAGUCUUCGUCUGCCUUUUCGGCCUGAGCCUCGCUGGCAACCUUUACGGAGGACUUGGACACUCCCUGGGUUACAACAGCCUUGGAUACUCCGGCAUCGCUUCAGCAUACUCCGCUCCAAUCGUUGCAGCUCCUGCGGUCUAUUCCGCUCCUAUUGUCAAGUCCUACGCUCCCGCGGUCUACUCCGCUCCUAUCGUCGCUGUCCUUGCCUGCCUUCUUGGCAUGGCCUGCGCUGGAGUCGUCUACAACACCGGCCUCGCUGGCUACGGCGGUUGGUCGGCGGGCUAUCCUGCAACCUAUGCUGGCUAUGGCAGCUUGGCUGGCUACGGUUAUGGCGGAUAUGCCGGCUACGCUCCUGCUACAUCCCACGUUUCUGUCGUGAAAGAAAUUACCCCCUCAUACGGCUACGCGGGCUAUGGCGGUUAUGGCACUGGCUAUGGCUACGACGGUUACGGCUAUGCCGGCGCAAUCACUCUUAAAAUUAUUCCAACAUCAACCAACAACACAAUCAUGUACACCAAGGUCGUCAUCUUCCUGUGCGCCGCGGGCAUCGCCUCCGCCGGCAACCUCCUGCACGCCGCCGCUCCCGUGGCAUAUGCUGCCCCUGUCUCCUCUGUGUCAUACUCGACCCACACGGCGCAUGCCGCUCCCGUGGCAUACGCUGCCGCGCCCGCUCUCACCACCUACGCCGCCGCUCCCGUUCUCAAGUCCUACGCCGCACCCGCUGUCGCUACUUACGCCGCUGCUCCCGUCCUCAAGUCCUACGCCGCUCCCGCUGUCGCUACCUACGCCGCGGCUCCCGUAGUGAAGUCCUACGCCGCUCCCGCCGUCUCCUACCAGUCCGUCCACUCUGCUCCCCUCGUCACUAAGGCCUACGCCGCCCCCGCCGUGGCCUACGCCGCUCCCGCUCCCGUCGCCUACGCCAGCCCCGUCGUGACAAAGACCAUCGCUGCUCCCGCUGUGGCCACUUACGCCGCCGCCCCGGCCCUGUCCUACGCCGCCGCCGCCCCCGUCCUCAAGACCGCGGUCGCCUACUCCGCCGCCCCCGCCGUCUCUCACGUUUCAUACUCCGGUCUUGGUGUCAACUAUGGCUGGUGA